CCGAAAGAGGUACCCACAGAAGUUUUGAGGGAUGACGGAGGUGCAUUUCAAGUACCAUGGAAACCUCACCGGCCGGGCCCAUUUCCCCACCCUGGCAACAGAGGUCGACACCACUGCAGAUAAGUAUUCCAACCUCUACAUGUAUGUGGGCUUAUUCUUGAGCCUCCUGGCCAUUCUCCUCAUCCUGCUCUUCACAAUGCUCCUUCGGCUCAAACAUGUCAUCUCACCCAUCACUUCUGAGAGCACGGAAAGUGUCCCUCAGUUCACAGAUGUAGAGAUGCAGAGUCGAAUCCCCACUCCUUAAAGUCAGGCUGAAUACGUGCGCUAGUGGGUCUCAGUAAACCCUUGUAUGUUGA